CCUUCGAUAAAAUUGGAUGGGAUAACGUUGAACAACAUUACAAGGAUGCCCUCAUGAACCACUUACGGGAAAAUUUCAAUAUUGAUGAAGUGGAACGUGACUAUGAGGCCAAAAACUUGACGGGUGGCAUUAGGACUGUGCUUAUGAAGCGGUACUCUGACCGCAAGUACGAGGCUAAAAAAUUAUUUAAGAGCAAGGGAGGUUACAAUGAUCUUGAGAGUGCACGGGCAUUCCAUCCCAAGGAUAUGCCCUAUGAUAACUGGUUGAGAACCAUUGAAGGUUUCCGGGAAGCUAAAUAUAUUAAAAGAAGCGAGGCCAACACACUAGUACGCGAGAAACAACAAUUCCCAUACCGUGGGGGGACAUCUUCGUACGGUAGCACCGCCUAUAAAAAUGAUAUGGAUUGGGUACCUACGUAUGCUAAAACCCACACGGACAAUCAAGGGAAUUGGGUUGAUCCGGUUGCUGAACAAAAUUACCGGAACAUACAACAGGCCACAAGUCAAUGGAGCGGUGAGGGUCCGCCAAUUGCCCCGUAUCAGGAAGCGUUGGGUGAGCGGCGAGGAUGGUACCGCGGGAUGGGGCCUAAACCUUCUUCCAACACGUCCUCGCACUCGUCAUCUAACAUGUCGUCUUCGCAAGCUCGGACGCAAGAACCCUUUUCCGAGGAUUUUGUUAACAGCUUGUUCCAAACCCCGUCAUUUUUGAACCAACUUAACAACUAUCUUGCUUCACAAGGAAAAGGAAAAGGAAAGUCAAAAGGCUACGAUUCUGACAACUUAUUCGAUAAUGAAUCCGACGAUGAACCCAACGAUAACGAUGACGAUGAGUGACUUGUUUUUAAUGUAUGCUUUGGAUUUAAUUAAACGUUGUAGGAUAUAAUGUACGACUUAAACGUAGUUUUUAAUUAUAUUACCUUUAGUAUAUGUUGAUUAUGUUCA